UGACGACAUGAAAAAGCGGCGUCUUGCGAGGAGACCCACGGGCAGAAGAACUCGCAUUUCGUCAUGCGCUGGACAUUUUUAUCACCAAUCUGAAGCUACGGCUGGUUUCCGAAAUGUCCAAGACACCAAGGCUUCACCAUUUCUUGGUUUCCAGCGUUGGACAGCAGACAAGAGCACCGCCCCAGCUUAUAAAUUGGGUUAGCCACUGACGUCGAUACGUGACACCCUUCCCUUUGGUGCAUUCAAGGCCCACUAACAGGAUCAUACGGGCGUAGAAUGGAAGGUAUACGGAAGCCGGUUCAUAAGACGGCUCAAGGGCGCAGUCACAGAUUUCUUCUAAAAGUCUCUCGUAGAUGUGUCGCAGCUCACUUGAUAGUCGUGAAGUGUGCAACAACGUGUAGACAAGCAACUUAUCGCGAUACUUCAUACUGCAUAAAUGGGCCGUCCAUUCCGGAUCUCCGCACCGACACGAUCGCUUUAUCAUCUACGAUACCGACUUGCGCUUGUUCUAUCCAUCUUCAUACUGUUCGAGCAGUAUCAUCUCUUAUUCGUGUACCGGCAUGCACUAGCAGCGAAAUACUCGCCAACAGAAUUCAAGCUACACGCCGAACACUCGCAGCCAUGGACACUAGAUGAGGAAAGUGCACACCUCCAGGAUCGGAUCGUUGCGAAUCGAGCAACAUGGAGAGUGUUAGGAAAAGGGUGGGAAGGCGAAACAUUCGUAUACCAGGACUCAGUGAUCAAGACAUUCCGACCUGGGCAGAGUCCGUUUCGCAACUGCGCGCCUGGCACUGCGGGCGAAAAGUGGCCGACUGAGAUACCUGCAUCUUUGUACUUUGGAGGUACCGAAAACAAUGCGACUACCUCCCAGGAUGGCUUUUUACCAGUAAAAGCAUUCUUCAUGGUUGAUUCCUCUGAUACUCAGGCUGAGUGGCACCUAGUUACCACUCUGCUCAGGCAUGGAAGUCUAAAGACCUUAGUCGCUAACAUGAGGGAGAAGGGCAUGCCUUAUGAAGACAUCGAUGCACACUAUCGUCCAGCUUUCGAAGGCCUCCUCGCCAGCUUACACAAGCUCCAUGAAGCAGGCUUUUGUCACGACGACGUCAAGCCUGCCAACAUCUUUGUGGCGGAUGACACGCACUGGAUACUUGGAGAUCUCGGCAACCUGAGACAUGUCUCACAUCCCUAUCACGCGUCGCUGCUCUGGAGUGAGAAUGCACAGCUACCGGACUGCCGCGCCAAUGACAACAUCCGCGCGCUGAAGUCGUACAUCCGCUUUGUCCGCGACUCGGCACUCGACGCAGAUGCUUUCAACGCGCAAUUCUUUGAGAAGAGAGGGCCGUUGAGUCGAUUUUUCUGGUCGACUGUGGCCAACUCCUCACAUUUGAGCGCUGCAGAUUCUCGAGCACGAUCAGCUGCUCUACAUCCUCAGCUCGAAGCAAAGACUUCGUUUGAGUGCGUUGAGCAGGCAUCUGGUCCAGCUUACGCAUGGCUGAGCAUAUUUUCACGACGCUGGAGAUACCACUACGCUGUCAACGAAUUGCUGCACACUCGUAUGGGAGAGAAGAUGGCAAGGUGGUGGGCAAUGACGUGGCUGCUUGGCGUUCCGGUUUGGGAGGUGUGUGGCGUUUGAUACCCCCAGAGAUGUUCUUUACUUCAUCUUUAUCAACUCGAGUGAUCUCUUCGUCCCUCUGUAGCUUCGAAAUCGCCUGCACUGUGGUUGAAUUUUGUGUCGGUAUCGAUUUGUUGUAUCAACACCAUCAAACACCAUCAAACACCUUAGUGUGACUUGCUUGGAGAUUACCAGGUG